CAAAAUUUCAAAACUUAAAUUGUUAAUACAUUUUUGUAAAAAAAAUUAUAAAAUUAAAUCACACAUAUAUUACGAAUAUAAUAAAAAUUUAGGGAUAAAUGAUAAAAGAAAAAUUCGAAAAUUUAUAUAAUUUUAUAAAUAUAUAAUUUAAAAUUCAUUAUUUGAAAUUCGAUCCUUAUAGAAGUGCCAUACAAAUGGAAUUAAAAAUCCUAACCAGGUUAAGGUGAGGAAAGGCGGAAAAUCCGAGAAUAUCCUAAAGGAAGGCGAUAUUAUUUUGAGCAUCGGCGGAAAAUUCAUAACUCACAUGACCUCUCGCGACGAAUUGAACAUGGCCCUAGAUGACCCGAAUAGCCCCUCAAUAGAAAUGGUCAUUUCUAGAGAAACACAUUUCGACGAUAAACCUAACAACGAUGAAAUAACUAAAUGUGCCGAUGUGAGACUUGUGAACUCCAUUGAAACUAAAACUUAUGGAUUGUUAGAAGAGAUUGAAGAAGAAUUGCCUAACCCCUCUUCCCAACCCGUUACAACUGAAACCCUCUCGUUUUCUCUGACUUCGAAAGUGUUUAAGAAUAAGAAUUCUUCCGUUCCCUAUCGGGAAAAAAGUCAAUCAAACAGGAUAUUCACGAUCGUAAAGUCUGACAUCCCCGAUCAAGUCAAAUGUGAGGAUAUAUCCGUGACACCCAAUAUGUAUUAUGUUGUUGGGUCUGAUCCCCCUAUCCCCAAUUACGUCGAUACCUUGGUUAGGCUUAUAGUUGAAGCCGCUUUGCCCCAAGCCAUCCUAGAUAUGUACAAGAAAGAUCUGGAAAGGUCCAACUCAAUUACUCAAAGAAUUCCCGGGUACGAAAGUCCAACCGAUGUCAAGAGCCAUGCCCGUUUCCUAGAAUUAGAAAUCGACAACAUUUUAACUAGUAAUAGGCUAGACAAAAAAAGUUCCAGGAGCGAAUCGCAUCUAGAUUCGAGCGGCGGUUCCAACGUUUCGUCGGGUUUGAGUAGCGACGAUUCCAGGGUAGAUAACUUCAACAUCGCGAAAACAAUAAAACCGCCCAAAAUAACCAGGAGGCGAUGUAGAAAAUUAUCCGUCGACGCCUCUAUCCAAACCGAUUUUUCGAUGCCCAAAACAUUCUCCGCCUAUAAUUUAUCCAAACAAGAACUCGAGUUGGUGGGAUACAUUCGCGAGAAGCGGGAAAAUGAAGUUAACAAAAGCCAGAAAAACUUUUUCUUGAGCACGGUGUCGGAGUUGGAAAAAGAGAUAUCGGCGUUGACCAACGAAAUGAUUAAAAUAGAUACAUGCGGGCAUGAAAAGAUAGUAACUAGGGACGAUAAAUUAGAUAUGAAUAUGUCGGUGGAACCAUCUGUCCAGAUGGCAAAUCAAAAUCGGCAUGUCUGUUUAACCCAAUCCCCUGUAAUAUCUGAGCAACACUUGGAAAAUAAGUUGGAAACAAUUAAAACGAAGAAACUUAAAGUUCGCGAUGACUUCAAUGAAACCGAACUGAGUACAUUGUCGAAUAUUCGUUACGAUGUAUAUAAGCAACCUCUUACCCAUCACCAACCUAUCAAUCAUUUAGAUCACUGUAAAUACGAGCGCCAAUCACCUAUCAAAGGUAUAAUGGUUUCUGACGAUAACUUCAAUCAAACUGAACUGAGUGCAUUGUCGAAUAUUCACUACGGUGUAUAUAAGCAACCCGUUACCCAUCAUCAACCUAUCAAUCAUUUAGAUCACUAUAAAUAUGAACGCCAAUCACCUAUCAAAGGUAUAAUGGGUUCUGAAACAAAACCUAAUCGUUUGGAAAGUCCGGUUGUCGAAGCAAUAGAUUCUUCAUCUUCUUGCUUUCCUCCUUCCCCAUUAAUCGUACUCGAAGAUAAAACUAUGGCCAAACCUGUCUGUAGAGUGAAGUACGCCGAAUUAGAACUUGAAGACCAAAUUCGGACACGGCCUGUCAUCAAUAAUGACCGGCAAUACAUUAGCGACGAAGGGCGCAGACGUAAGAUGCACGCCUCUCGUAAGGCUCAUGAAUCGUUGGCCUUCAUAUCCGCUACCAAGUGGAGAUCGGAUCAAACCAUAAUAAAUAGUCCGCGAUACGGUGACGAUCCAAAAAGAAUGUCAACUACAUCUUAUAGCUCUUUCAUGCUGUACAAAACAGAUGAUAAGGAAAAUGUCACAUCUCUCGACGAUAAUGUCAAAGGAAUCGCGUCUGGGCCCGUAUUGACUAGCAUAGAAAACAGGGAAUAUUUAUCCAAACCUUUCACUCCCAAUUAUGGGAACAAUCACGUGAGUCAUGGGGAAGUCAAGGAAGCAGUGAUCAAUCGUAAUAGUCAGCCAGUUAACAAUUUCAAUAAAGAACGUUUCCCGGUAAUCAAGAUGACCACUAGUCAACAACAAAUAGCUUCCCCAUCCUUAGAUGAGACCAAAUAUACUCGAUCCGAUGGUCCCAAACCCGAAAGUCGAACUUACAUAAAGACGAAUCCCCACAAAUUACCCGUCCGUAUCCUGAAUUCCUACGAGGAGAAGAGAAUGAUGGAAGCCAUACCCGACAAAAGUAACAGGGUCAAAUUGGCUAAUUUUUAUCUAAAAUCCACGGGUAGUAAAACUAACGAGCCAACGAAUGAUAACGGCUCGCGGAUGUUUAAUAAAGUUGCGCCUCCCAGUAGUAAGUCGUGGAUACCCUGGAAUCAUCUGUUUAAAAAUUCGCGUAAAAUGACCAACGAUAAGGCGGAUAAUAUCUUCGAUACGAAUGCCAAAGAUAUAGCCGAUUCGUAUAAGAAAUCUGAACUCGAGAAUUUCAAAAACCUCAACGGUAAUCCGCUAUACGCUGAGCCGAACAAUACAAGCUACGUCGACGCCAACGAAAAUUGUUAUGGCGGAAAUCAUCAAGCGCGGGGUGAUUUCGGCAAAAUUUCCAACGGAAAUAUUGGUCGUAUUAUGUCGGAUUCGGAAAAUUUUGGCGGCAGAGAGUACGGGAAAUCCUCGAAAUCGGAUGACCACCGGUUCAAGAAUAAAAACGCCAAGUUUGACAUGACUCAAUCCGUCUACGAUGUUUGGCCUUACGAACCCAACAAUGAUCCCCUCUUGGUGCCAAACGGAAUGGGGUCUAACAACAUCAUGUCCAAAUCCUUCAACGAUGAAUACAUACAAACUUGGAAUCCGCCUGCGCUAAACAAUUUACGCUCUUCCUGCGACGAUAUAUUAGGCGGAAAUGGUAGCCAUUCGUUGCUAGAAUCGUCGAGACCCUACUAUCUUAACAAAUACUAUAAUUGUAAUGGACAUCUCGACAACAAACACCCCGAACCAUACAAAAAUACCGUUUUAUCGGGCGACUUCAAUUUGGAUAAUGAAAUGAAUGUCCUGAACAUAAUACCGCCAGACGUUAAGGAACAAAUAGAUAUGAGUCAACGGGUUACGAAAGGUCUGAUGUCGCCCACUUCUCACGAUAAGAAGAACAAGGCCACUCAAUUCUUCAUGAAAAAUGCGGAGAAGGUCAAUAUCGAGAAUAACAACAACGGCGUAGAAGCGGAAAUCUCUGAUGACAGUUACAGGAAAAAAAUAGAUUAUUUUAACGCAUAUCAAAGACAACUAAAUGGCAGAAGUAAUACAGCUGUUACCAAUUUUUCGGGCCAAGCCCAAGCUCUCAGUGAAAAUUUAUCCAAUCAUGGAACUGAUUACAAUGCCCGUUCCGACAUUUGCACGCACGACAAAAUAUCUCCCGAAGUGUGCAAAUCCAUCGCGAACGACUUGAUGAAGGGGAUCAAGGAUUCGCAGUACAAUAAUCGCGGAACGAAUCGCGUCACUAACGGAUACGCCAAUGAAGGGAAUGGCCAGGGUCUGCAAUUGAAUGGCCACUCUAGAAUGGGAAAGGUUGAUAGGGGUGCCGAGAUUUUCGCCAAGAGAAGAUUAAAAUCCCAAGAUUGGGUCGUGAAUUCGGACAUAACUAAAAGCGAUUGCAUCAAUUACGCUUCAAGGAAUAUGCCUUCGGAAUGUAACGGCAAGGAAUCUCCCGUGAAAAAGAGCUGGAUGCUCCAAAAUAACCAUAAUGCGGACACGGCUUACACCAACGGAGAAUCACGUGUCAAUGGCGUAAGCACCGGGUAUAACGGAUAUAACCACGUGACACCGCAUCGCGAAAAAUCAAAUGGGUGGGCCUUUUUGAACCCUUCUUCCAGCGGUCAUAAAUACAAUAAUUACACGAAAAACUUCAACACCUUGCCAAAGACUUGGAAUACCGUCAAAGGAAGAAACGAAAUCGGUAAUGGCGGGUACGAAAUCAAAGAUAUAUAUCUACAAUGAAUAGCAAUCACGUGGUCAAAUUUUUUUUAGAAUUUUUAAAUUUAUUUUUAAAAAAAUCAUACUGCCAUUUUUAUCUAAAUUGAAAAAAAAAAUAAGAAAAAAUAUCAAAGCAUUUUCAUUUUAGUGGUUAAAUUAUUGAAUCGAUUAAUAAGAAU